AGAGAUGGGAGAGGACGUCAACGAGCAGACUAAGUCAGGACUCACUCCGCUAAUGUGCGCCUGCAAAACUAUCGGGCCUAAGCCGGACGACGAUCAGAUCGUCAACUUUCUGAUUGAGCAGCGCGCCAACGUCGAUCUACAGGACGAGAUGGGAGACACUGCGCUGCAUGUCGCUGCUGCCACUCGAGACCCGAGCAUCCCCCUUCUUCCCACUGGGUACCACAGGCUCCUCCAGGCUUUGAUGGCUGGCAAGGCAAACGUCAACAUUUACAACAAGCUUGGACAAACUGCACUUCAUCGCGCGUCAUUGCGAGGAAAAAAAGAAUGCAUCACGAUGUUGCUAGAGGCAAAUGCAGAUCUGGAGAUGAUGGAUCGAUCUGGAAGAAAGGCCAUCGACGUAGCGUUUGACGAAGAAAGCAGAUCGAUGCUCGCUCCUCCUGCGGAAAACAAUGAAGGAGAGGAAGACGAGUGAUUCACCAAGGAUAGAGCAAUCCAUAUUUGCCGUGUAACAUCUUUACUCUAAAGAUUUGAGUUGACCUCAACAUUUACAAGAAUGCACUCCUCUAUCACUCU